UAUUUCUUUGUCCCUAGCAUUUGUGUCAACAAUUCAAAAGAAAAAAAAAAACGGAGAAUGGUUUCGGAAUUCAGCGGGCGUUGGUCGCACACAGUUUGGCGGCACUGCCAGUCAACAAGGAACGGAAAUUCCUGCUAAACUACACAACAAAUCAAGAUUGCCGUCUAAAAGAUGGCCAAUUUCGACUCAAAUUCCUUUUUGGCUAAUAUAAAAUCAUCUUGCCAAUUACUCCAAGUUAAAAUCAUCAAUCAAUCAAUCAAUCUCUCUCUCUCUCAUAUGGAAAGCAAGGAAGCAGUGAAGCUUCUGGGAUUCUUUGCGAGCCCAUUUUCCUUUAGAGUGGAGUGGGCUCUGAGACUGAAAGGUGUAGAGUAUGAAUACAUUGAAGAAGACAUCUUGAACAAGAGUCCUCUGCUUCAGGAACUGAAUCCAGUUCACAAGAAAGUGCCAGUGCUGAUUCAUGGAGAUAAAGUGAUCCUUGAGUCGUUCAUAAUUCUUGAGUACAUCGACGAGACGUGGAAACAAUUUCCGAUUAUGCCUCAAGAUCCUUAUGACAGAGCCAUGGCACGAUUUUGGGCCAAAUUCGCAGAGGAGAAGUUUCUGAUGAGUGCUUGUUGGGCUAUGUGCACCGAAGGAGAAGACAAAGAAACGUAUCUGAAAGAAGCCGUAGAGUGCUUGGAGAAGAUAGAGCAAGAGUUGAUCAAAGGGAAAUCCAAGUUUUUCGGUGGGGAAAGCAUUGGUUAUUUGGACAUUGCAAUUGGAUGGAUCUCUUACUGGCUUCCUGUUUGGGAGGAAGUUGGGUCCAUGACAAUCGUAGACCCAACCAGAUUCCCAGCCACCGCUGGUUGGAUGGAGAAUUUCUGCAACCACCCGGUGAUCAAGGACAAGUUACCGCCGAGAGAUAAGAUGGUUUUUUAUAAUCAGUGGAAAAGCAAGGAAAUCGGAGCCCAAAGGGCGUCUGCUAGAAAAGGUUGAUUAGCUGAUUUUAAAAUAAUUGAAUAACUAUGCAUCAGAAUAAAUGAGAUAAUAUGUAAUAGGGGGGAUUUAAAAAAAAAAUGUAUCGAACUAGUUGCUUCAUGGUUUUUUUUUUUUUUGCAAAAUGGAAAAGAUUAUACACCGUAUUAUUAAUACUCCGUAUUAAUAAUAGUUCAGCGGCACUUAUGAUUUCAUUACAAA